UACAUAGUAUUAUAUAAGUUGUUUUAGAAUUAAAUAAUUUUUUAUUGACACUAAUACGACAUGAAUGAAAAUGACACAACUCUCAAGUCUCAAUGACACGACACAGCAACAUGAAUUGACACACCUACUUUCUACACUAUUUUCUCUUCUUACCCAGUUUAUGAAACUUUACAUUCGAUUUUGUUGGAAUGCUACGUUAAAAUCUUCAAUGUAUCUAAUUAUUGCGGUCUGAGUUCUUGCAUCAGCAAUGGCCCAGAGUACAUUGGAACUAGGUCAAGGUCAGGAGAUACUUAAGCUGUUAGGAGAUAAUGAUCCAGGAUCAACCGUUGUUCUUGUUGGAGAACCUGGAAUUGGAAAAACAUGGCUUGCAAAAAAGGUGUGUGGUCAAGCCAUCAGCAAUGGCACAUUUGGCAUAGUCCUUUGGGCUUAUCUGGACAAAGAGUAUAACGAGCUAGCUAUUGGCAAGAGUUUUGUUCGUCAAAUGUCUCUGCUUUCCACUACAAAGGGGUGGGAAAAAGAAGAUAACGAGGAGGUAGAAGAGAAAAAAGAGGAAAUCUUGGAUGACUUGAUGCAGAAAAUAUCUGACAAUGUGGAAGGGAAGUUGCUUCUAGUUUUGGAUAAUGAGGGCAGCAAAAUGAAUGCAGAAGACUUUAUGAAAUUGCUGAAUAGCAUGAAAUUUUCGCCAAAACCAAGCAAGGUGUUAAUCAUUUCGUGUGAUGCAGAUGGAAAACACGAGAAUUCUGAUUCUUUCCGUACAAAGAAAGUAAUCAAGAUCCAGCCCUUGUCUCCUGAAAAGUUAUUAUCUAUAUUCCGACAAACAGCUAGGACAGAAGUUUUGGAGCCACGUGUGGAACAGUUAGCUGACGGUUUCAUCAAGAACAAAGUGGGUUUAACACGUGCCAAAAUUGUCUUGCUAGCAAAAGCCUUAAGCAAUGGAGGAAUUUCUGCAGUGCGACUUCUGGAACGUGCUUUGGAGGAAUCAUCUGGCGAUGGGAGCUGCAGUUAUACAGAAUUACUACACCGUGGUUAUGACAGGGUGCCUGAUGGUGUUUUAUUGGACUGGUCCUGGCAGGGCAGCCAUUUUUUUCAAGAUCGUGAAAGCAUUCAUUUCGGUGAGUUCAUAGCUUGCUGGAUAAUGGAAGGAUAUCUUGGUCAUAUUGAUAGUAUUGAGAAGGCUUAUGAGGAGGGACAUCGUGUUCUGAUGGAGCUUAUAGAUUGUCAGAUGCUAAAAAAAGUUGAUGAUGAAAACAUCAAGGGGGAUUACUUAAGAAUGGCAGGAGCAGUAGUGGAUCUGGACAGGCGCCAUUGUUCUGGAUUUGGUAAAACAGCCAGUCUGGGAUUGGCUAAUGUCUUCGAGAAGGGCCAGUGGGAUGGUAUUGGUGAAAUCGUGCAGGCUGAUGGCAUGUUGAAAUCAGUUUCCAGUGGCAAGAAGGAGAAGAAAUGCUCAACGUUACUGCUCGACGGAAACUGUCUGAGCCUGGAAGUCUCAACUAAAAUCCUUCAAUCCGAAGAGGACCUUCGAGUUCUCGCCCUUUUCAAUCCCAGGCUCAUCACAGUCCCAUUGUUGUCUUCCAUGGAAUCGCUUAAUGUGCUUGUGCUCAGGGGAUGCAAUUUGUUGGAGGACAUCAGACAGAUCCAGAAUCUUAAAAAUUUAUCUGUUCUGGAAAUUUCAGGAGCUAGGUCAUUGAAAAAUAUCCCGGAUAACAUCUUUCACCAAAUGACCUCCCUUCGAAGUCUUAACCUAUCUGGCCUUCAGAUAGAAGCGUUACCUAAAUCUUUUGGUGUGCUUACAAAACUUCACUGGCUCAUCCUUAAGGGCUGUUCUUGUUUGAAACAAAUGCAGAGUCUGAAAAAUUUUGAAAAACUUGUGGUCCUUGAUCUUUCUGGUGCUACUUCUUUGGAAAAGUUUCCAGAAAAAAACAUAAAAGCAAUGAAGAAUCUUAUAAACCUUGAUCUUUCCAAUACCAACAUUAAAAGCAUACCAAUUCUUCGUGAUAUUGGAGCUCUCACUCAUCUCUUUGUAAGGGACUGUCAAGGCGUAGAAAGACUGCGCAGCAUUAAGUCAUUAUCCAAACUCCAAGUUCUUGAUCUUUCAGGUUCUAGCAUUAAUGAAUUUCGUGACCAGUCAUUAGAACCUAAUGUUGACCUUAGUACUCUAGAUCUAUCCAGAACGGAUUUAUCUUGGCUACCUUCCAACAUUAGCAAUCCUCUUCAGCUUUAUUUGAAAGGUUGCCUCCAGCUAAAAGAACUUCCGUACAUAGAAUCACUGAAAGCCCUGGAGGCACUUGAUCUUUCAGGUGCCAGGAAUCUUGAAAAGAUUGAUGACAAUUUCUUCAAAAAUUUGAAUAACCUUCAAGUUCUCAACCUUUCAGAAACCAAAGUCAAAGUUCUGCCACCCCUUUUCACUCUUUGUAACCUUCGUCAGCUAUUGCUUUCGGGUUGUUUGUCCUUGGAGAACUUGCCAACCUUGAAUUCCCUUAGCAAACUGGAGGUUAUUGAUCUGUCUGGUUGUGGUGCUUUGACAGUCAUAGAAGAUGAAUCUUUUGAGCAGAUGUCUUGCCUUCAGAGCUUCUCCCUCUCUGAUGCAAAGAUUGAAAGACUUCCAUCCCUUUCAAACCUUAACAACCUCCGCUACCUCUCAUUGAGAAAAUGUACUAACUUGAAAUUAGUGGUUGAACCACUGACCACUCUCUUAAGUCUUGAGGAGCUACAUUUAUGUUGUAUCAGUUCCUUGACUCAAGCUGAUUUCUUGGAGCAAAUGAGUCACCUUCAUAUUCUUGACCUCUCUGAAACCCAGCUUGAAAAGCUAUCAUCCAUGUCAAAUCUAAAAAACCUUGUUCAUCUUUCUCUGAGGGGUUGUAAGCAGUUGCGCACAGUGCAACACUUGGAAGCACUUACAAAGCUUGAGAUUCUGGAUCUUUCGGGAACUGCAGUCAUGCAUCUGCCAUCCCUUACCAAUCUUAGCAACCUCCACCAAUUUCUGCCUAGUAAUUGUUUGAGCUCAGAAGAGCUUAAAAAUCUUGAGAUGCUUGAUCUGUCUGGAGAUGUUAUCAAAGAAGAAUCAACUGACCUUGAGAACCUUGAUCUGCCAAACAUGAGCAUUACAGGAGCUGGCAGUGGAAAGAUACAGAGCUUACCUGAAGAGCAAUGGGGCAUCUCCACUUUGCCUGGACCAAAAUCAGGCAGUAACAGGCCUUUCAUCUCUGUAAGUAGUUCAGAAUUUCGUCAACUUCUUGAGAAAGAUCCCCAGUUGUGGGAGACAACCUUCGAACAAUUUCAAUUCUCUGUUCAUCCUAUUGAGGAGCAAAAUGAAGUAAGAGGUAUAGACAUUUACAAAGACAAAUCGAUUCUCAGAGAUACCCACUUCAAGGCCAGACAUUUCUCUCAUCUUAGAGAGCAAGGUGGUUCACUGGAAAUCCAUGGUUUUCAUAAUUUCCCCAAGGGUAUUGAGGUUGUACUCAGUCGUUCUGAGUAUGUUUUUCUGUUUAACAAUUCCUUUAUAAAAUCGUUAUGUGACUUGGGUGCCAAUAACAUCAAGGUGAUGAGGGGCUGUUGGAUAGAGAGAUGCGCCAAUAUGGAGAGUAUUUUCCAUGUAGAAAAGGAAGAAGAUACUGCUAAAAUAGACAAAACAUUGGAGAUUCUAUGGGUUUCUGGUGCUAUCAAGUUGAAAAGAAUGCAUAGCGGGGACCUGCAGUAUGAGGGCUUCCGAAACCUUAAAUAUCUGUACUUGGAUUGUUGCCGAGAACUUGCAAGUGUUUUCUCAUCAUCUCAGCAGCCCAAAAACCUUGAAGUUCUUCAUAUCAAGUUUUGUGAUAAAAUUGAGAAUCUGUUUGAAGAGAUGUCAGGAGAGGCUAUACUGCCAAAUUUACGUGCAUUGCAUCUGUGGGGACUGCCAGCAUUGAAGAACGUUGGGAGCGUAUUGCCAGCCUUACUAAGUUUGGAAGUUGGGGAGUGCCCCAUGAUUGUAAAUUAUCUUUUGCCACAGCUGCCAACCACUCUUGAGACGCUGAAAAUCAAAUUCUGUGAUAAGUUGGAGACUUUGUUUGGACAGAAAACAUCAGCUGAUGCUAUUCUGCCCAAAUUACACACGUUGCAUCUGUGGGGGCUACCAGAGCUAACAAGCAUUCAGGCUAAACUGCCACCUCUACAACAUCCCCCCAUUGUCAGGCAAUGCCCAAAGCUACAGCCAGUGUAAGGGAAGCUUUUCUGUUUUAAAACAAAGUUUAUUUAUUACCCUAGAAUAAGGAAAUAAGAAAAAGAACAUAAAACAGAAGGAAUCCUUGAGAUGCUGAACAAUUUUCACCUUCUGAAUUCCAAUUUUACAGGUUUUGUCACAAUUCAGCUAAUUUGAUCUAUGUUUAAUUUUUAGAGUUCUGCUUCCAGUUCCAGCUUUUUUGGGUCUAGUUUAGGUUUUUGGUUGAUUUUUUCACUGUGAUUUUAGUUCAAACAAUGACCAUCUAGGGAACAGUUUGUCACCAAUUGAGAAAUAUCACAAGACAUUCUUUUUAUGUUGGCUAAUUAAGGCUAAUGAGAGCCGUUCUAUUUAGCAAUGACUAUACAUGGUUGCUUGUACAGACAGCACAAAACCUAAUAACAGGUAUUACUAUUGAUGCAGGUUUGCCUCAUAAUAAGGAACUAUGGUUCUUGGCACCUGACCAAAGCCACUGAUUUCACAGGCUAUCCGCAUGUAUGAGAAUAUAUUGGGCCAGGACUCUCCUUGAUUUGGAUUCUUGACCAUAGUUGACUAUCAUCUUUUCCAAGCUUCACUAAGCAUUUGCUUCGUAUGAAAGCAAGAAAAAGAGAGUCGGCCUUUGCAAAAUUUGAAUGGGCAUUCAAUGGCUUUUGGAAACGUCAAGGGGAGGCAGAAGACUCUAGAUUCUGCAUGCUCACAUGGACGCCGAGUUCUGCUUGGAGAAGGAAUUGCAAUUCUACACUAAAGUCGGUUCUUGCUUGGAGGCGGUUGGCCAUGGAGUGACCAGAUUCAAGGGCUUUCGGCCGGAAACAGAGGCAUAUAAAGGGCAAAGAGUUGCUGCCAAAACAGAGAGUUUAUGCAGAAAAACAGAGGGAAAAUCAGAGAAAAAAUCUGUGUUGCUGCAAAAGGAAAGCACAUCAGGUGUCACCGGAACAGAAGCUCUGUUUGUGAGUUUUGAAAGUUAUUUUUUGUGUUCUUGCUGAAAAUUCAGAUUAGCUAGAGGUGUUAUUUUUUUUUUUGAAGUGAAUUGGUGUAUUUACUGUAGCAGAUUUUUGCCCCUGUUUAUGUUUGAUUUUUGUUGCAAUUUGAGUGAUAUCUAUAGUAGAAUUCAACCACUAUUGUUUAUGAAAUUAGGGUCUUGUUCUUGUUGUUCUCGG